AUGUGAGGGGAUUUCUUUCGGUUGAGUUAAUCGCUCCCUUAUCGUGUCAUUUUCUUCUGAGUUGCUUGUUGUCUGUGAUAUUUACAUUUAGAAAUUCAACAAAUAAACAAAAUGGCGUCUUCAAAGGACCAGAAAAUGCAACUGAGAGAGGCACUAAUAAACAAUCAAGUGGAAGAGGUCAAGACCAUAAUCUCAAAUGGGUAUGACCUAAACUCCCAUCUCUACCAAUGGACUCCACUCUCCUAUGCUAUUACAUGUAAAAAUUUCGAAAUUGUUGCAUUAAUGUUACAUCAUGGUGCCAAUGUAAACUUCGAAAGCACCCAUGGUUAUGUACCAUUAUACACAUCCAUCGACUAUAACUGUUCAACAGACAUAAUCCAACUCUUAAUAAGUGAAGGAGCUGACAUAAAUCAAUUAGGAAAGAGUUUUUUCAAUGACAAAAUCAGCACUCCACUUUCACGUGCAAUCCAAAACAACAAUUUACAAGUUGCUCACUUGUUGGUAGAAAAUGGUGCAGAUGCCAAAAAAACAAACCCAGAUGGGACAACAGCUGUGACACUAGCCCAUGACUUGAACCGUGAAAACUUCAUUAAAGAAAAUCUGGAAAAUUUAGACAAUCUCAAAGGUUGUACUCCUUUGACGGCAGCCAUCUUGUGUGGGAAAUUAAACGACGCUAAAGAACUUCUAGAAUCAGGAGUCAAUUCUUGUAAAACCGAUUCCAACAAACAAACUCCUCUUGUGACAGCAGUUCGGUGCAAAAAUCUAGACGCUGUGAAACUUCUUCUAAACUACAAAGCGAAUUUAACAAUUCCGACAGCUUUUUUGGAAGCUAUCAACUUGGAGUGCACCGAAAUCGUCAAGUAUUUGUUGGAAAAAGGGGCCAAAAUCAAUAAAAAAUACCGCGAUGGUUCCACACCCUUCAUCAAGGCUAUUGAGACUGAAAAUUUGACGAUUAUUGAAGAACUUUUGAAAAAUGGGGCUGAGGUGGAUUUGGCCAAUACGGGAGGGAAGACCCCCUUGGCGGUGGCAGCAAAUAAGAGAAAUAUUGUGGUUGUGAAUCAUUUGAUCGAGGCCGGAGCUGAUAUUAAUUUAGCACGACUCGAACUCGAGGAAUUUGCAAGUGAUGAUGAAGAUUUUGAUUUGUAUUACCAGGAUCUCAAAGAGCAAAACGAACAGAAAUUACAAGAUUUUCACCUUGGAACUCAUGAAGCGGCAGACUAA